GUAAAAUGAAGCGUCUCCCAGAGUAUCUUCAAAUGUCGAUCGCGAAAGGCUAGGCUACAAAAGAAAAUUACGUUGCGGGUACGGUCCUGUAUUAAAAGAUAACGCGAACUGGAUAAUGGGUACAAUUCCGGUACUCGUGCGGGACAGUUGGGCUUAUCUACAAAUGGAGCUCGAUAUCCUUAGUUGGUGUGCUAGGAUCUGUAACCUGGUGUGCCUUAGAUGAGGCACAAUUGACUAGGGUGAAUGUUGGCUUCCAUUGUACCCAGUGCAAUUUUUCCAAACUCCAACACACCCUUUUCGCUUGCAGUGAUGGGACUUAAUAUUCGUACUCCAGGAAAUCUUUCUUACAGUGCAUUCUCCAUAACGAAUACCGCUAUGUAAGCAUGUCUACUUCAGCGAGCUUCAACCGAGAAUUCCGAACCGAAACAUGGACACUCUACGGGGUGGGGGUAUUUCUUACAAUGCUUCGACUGGUUGCGCAAACUCGUAAGCUCGGUAUAAACGGCCUGCGCGCUGAUGACUGGGUCGUCACGACGGCUAUUCUGUGGUAUACGCUUCUAGUCGUAUCGCUCAACCAGGUCGUAUUCGGUGGAGGUUCGAAUUACAUGACCCCAGAGGAGAUCGCCGGGUUGACCCCAGAGACUCGGCUGGCUCGAACCAUUGCUAGCAAGUGGGUGCUGGUAUCAGAAGAGAUGAUGAUACUCUCUGUCUGGACUUGCAAACUCUGCAUGCUCUUCAUAUAUCGGCGCCUGACGCAAGGCUUGCACCAAAUGGUCAUCAUCAAUGUCAUUUUUGCCUACGUUGCUGUAGGGUUCGUCGCUACUCAGAUCGCCUUGUUCGCCGAGUGUCGGCCCUUUUCAGGAUAUUGGUCCGUUCCCGCCAUAUCUGACCAAUGCUGGUCAUAUUACAGUUUCGAGAUUGUCGUUGCUACCUUCAACAUCAGUUCUGAUGUGGCCGUCCUCGUCAUCGCCAUUCCCCUCAUCAUCAACCUUCAUGUUCCCAUCCAGCAAAAAGCCAUCCUCUGUAUUGUUUUCGGUAUGGGUUUCUUCGUCAUUGCUGCCGCCAUCCUGACCAAAGUUUUCUCCCUCGAUCCCAAUCUCGUAUCUUAUUCGUAUCUCAACUGGUACUUUCGCGAAGCUUCGGUGUCAUUAUAUGUCGUUAAUCUUCCCUUGUUGUGGGCCCUAUUCCGCGACAUAUUUCCCUCUGCUAGGACAUGGGGAUAUGCGCGAACGACGGGGGAUAGCACCAGACCGUCGAACAACAAUAACCUCAUGAGCUCAGGGACCCAGAGUAAAAACGAUGUGCCUUUAUCCAACCUAGAGAGUUAUACGGACGAAGAACUGGAUACGUACUCUGCCCAUCACAGCGAGGAACGUAUCAUUCCGCUAUACAGAAGUAAAAAAACGAAUUUAAAUACGACCGCUGAAUGCAGUCAUCACUCAUCUGGUUGAGUCAGCUCGGUUUUUGUCUUUCGAAACACAGCACGGACAAUAACAGCUUUUUGCUGUCAAAGUUACUGAGCAAUAUUCUCAUAACAACGCGGUCAGCACUAUCAGAUCACUGCACUUCAGGAGGGUUGUCCAAUCACCGGUGCGUGCUUCCACCACCAUGAAGAGAAGCAAAUAGCCAUUAGGCAGUGGUCAAGUUGCUAGCGGACUGGCAGGAUGCUAAAAGAAAAUCAAAUUUAUUUUCUAUGCUUUGAUUAUAAUAUAAUUCAAAAAGCCCUCCCAGUAUAUAAUAUUUUCAUAUAACGCAGAUUACUACAUAACAUUUACGUUACGGGCUAACCCCGAUUGUAUGCUUCAAGAGCAGAUUACAUACAAAAGAAUUCGAUAUGAAGGGAAAGAAAUCAAACGAACUUCUCUACCCGCUCCAAAGCUCCCUUUUUGUAUGCUCCUCGCAACAGA